AUGGAACAGGGUCUUGGAGGCAGCUCCCAGUGUUGGGCAGCUGCCAUACAACAUGCCCUCGAGCAAGACACGGAAGAGACACGCAAGGCCCUCGUUAACGACUAUAUCAACCACUGGUCCGCGAGUGGGGGAGAGGUCGCCGAGGAUCCGGCGAGGAAUCUUCUGAUUAGGCACGACGUAGCCAUCAGCAGAUUGGGCCAAUACAAUACACCCAGUCCUUCGACUCAUACUACAACAUUAUCAGGAACUAAACCCACUGCUGGUACCUCAGUGAGGUGUACUCACUUCUCAGAGGAAGGACUCCUUGGUAAGCGUGAGGCACACUAUGGGGAAUCUAACAGAUCACUCCUUGGUCCUCCGGCCUUGAACCUUCAGGAGUCCGAGGAAGGUCCGAUCAAUCCUCCUAAGGUAGUACGUAGAAGGGUUUCACAUGAGCAAGCAAUGCGCUCACCCAAGUUUGAUCUCUCAGUAUUUACCGACGAUAUUGCCAAGUUCCCGGAGUUCAACAUCAAGACAUGGAGAAUCAACCAGAUCUUCAACUUGUGGGUUUUGUUUUGGUCGAUUCGAUUCAUUGGUCAAGUGGUUGGUUGUUCGAGGAAGUUGGUCGAGACGGUGGUCAACGAGUCGAGUGGUCAAGGACGACGAUUGCUUAUGGACAACUUGUGUUGGUCGAUGUCGAGUUCGAUCGUUGGUCGUUGGAAGUUCGGUUACGGUUCGAUGCAGAAGCCGCGGUCGCGUCAACGUCAUCGAGUUCCAUGUCAAUGUCAAAGUCAACAUCAUGUCAGUCAGUGCAAACAGUCGAGUGGUCAGCAGUUGAUCGUCAAGGAAAGAUAG